CACAGCUCUCACAUGAUACAUGGGCCCAAUCACUGCACCCGCUACCAUGUGACCAGCCCCAGCCAAUCACAGGUCACUAUUAUCUUGAACCGAACAUGAAAAUAACUCAUUAAAGACCGUUCAGAGCAAAGUGUAAAACAAAAGAAAAAUCUCUGGUCAUCUCCUGUACUAUGUCCGCAGUCUCUGGUCAUCUCCUGUACCGUGUCCGCAGUCUCUGGUCAUCUCCUGUACUAUGUCCGCAGUCUCUGGUCAUCUCCUGUACUGUGUCCGCAGUCUCUGGUCAUCUCCUGUACUGUGUCCGCAGUCUCUGGUCAUCUCCUGUACUGUGUCCGCAGUCUCUGGUCAUCUCCUGUACUAUGUCCGCAGUC